AUGAGUGUCGAGGACAGACGAAGCUUGGCACAGAAGGCCAAAUUGUGCUUUAACUGUUUGAGGCCCUUUCAUUGUGCUAAGUCUUGCUCGUCGAAAACAGUUUGCCGUGUACCAGAUUGCAAACAGCGCCAUCAUACGCUGCUUUGCCCCGGUGUGAAAAAACUGGAACGUGCAGAAAACAAUUCGAGUGCAAGUGUUGCUACGGAGAAGAUCGCGGAAAAUGUUGAGAAGAAUAUUACAGCUCUAAUGGUGGAGCUGCCGACGCGGGAGCACCAUACAAUUUCGUUGCUUCCAACGGCGGUAGUGAAUGUGCAGAAGGUAGAUGGAAGCUUUUUGCAAGCAAAAGUAUUGAUCGACUCCGGAUCGCAAGCUACCUUGGUCUCAGAGGAGUGCGUCAGAAAAUUGGAACUACCAAGACGGAAUGGUAAGUUGGUGGUCAGCGGCCUAAGCGAAAAGGAAUUAGGAACCACCCGCGGUGUAGUCACUCUGCAACUAGCACCCAGGUUCAACAGCGUUAUCGUCAUUUCCACCAAUGCCUACGUUCUCGGUAAGUUGACCUCUACCAUUCCUUCCCAAAAGUUCAAAUUGAGAAAUAUGAAGCUACUGGAAAACAUCGGUGAGCUGGCUGACCCAAUGUUCAAUCGGCCGGCUUCCAUCGACAUCAUCCUCGGAUCUGAUGUCUUUCUUGCGCUGCUUGAAGGUGGCCAAGUCAAAGACGAAAGCGGCCUUACGGUGGCCCAACGCACGGUCUUUGGUUGGAUCGUGGCGGGGAGGUACGACGAAGCGGAGAACAUUCGCAGCAACCACGCUAUCAUUAAUCUGCAUACGGAGGUAGACUUGAAUCGUACUUUGCGACUUUUCUGGGAGCAAGAGGAGCUGCACAAUAGCCAACAAUUAACUUUAUCGGAAAUCAAGGUAGUUGAUCAUUUCAAAUCGACAUUGACACGGGAUCAAGGCGGUCGCUUCAUCGUUCGAUUGCCAUUCGACGAUUCGAAGCCCCCUCUAGGCGAAUCUAUGACUGCAGCACGAAAGCGACUCAAAAUGAUAAUGAAGCGAUUCGAAUUUCAACCGGAGUUCAAACGGGAGUAUAACAUUUUUAUGCAAGAGUACUUGAAGCUUAAUCACAUGGAGGAAGUCCCACCUGAGGAGAUCGAGAAAGACGCAGCAAAGUGCUAUUACUUACCGCACCAUGCGGUAAUCAAAGAGGGAAGCUCGACAACUAAACUCCGCGUUGUUUUCGACGCUUCCAGUGCAUCUUCAACAGGUGUGUCACUGAACGACCGAUUAUUAGCUGGUCCAAACAACAACAAUGAUCUCUGGGGCGUAUCUCUCCGAUUUCGGUCACACCGAGUGGCAUUUACCGGCGAUGUGGCAAAAAUGUACCGUCAAGUUUGGGUACACAAAGAGGAUCGUGAUUAUCAACGAAUUCUCUGGUUCGACGAAGAAGCUCAAGUGAAGCACUACAGACUCCGUACGGUGACGUACGGAAUCAAGACAGCCUCGUAUCACGUGAUUGAAUCCAUGCGAGAAGCAGCAAGACCCUACGAGAAGAUUUAUCCGGAGGCGGUUAACCGAAUCACAACCGACUUCUAUGUCGACGACUUUCUUUCGGGAGCGGACACUGAAAACGAAGCCAUGCAGCUUAAGGAUCAGGUGAGCUUAAGGAUCUGGGUACUGCGGGAUUUGAGCUCAGAAAGUGGACGUCCAACAGCGAAGCACUUCUAUCGGAAUCAACGCCGGUGCCAAUCAAGCUUUCGGAGCAGGAAGAAUCGGUGA